CAACAAGAGCAGAGCAAAGGCUCAGUUCCAAGAUCCAGCCCCAAGGUACACCAUAUUUAUCCUGAUUCUCUCCAGGAGUCUGGGGACAGGCAGCUGCCCAGGAGGGUUCCUUCAAGUUUCCUGUUAACUCAUCUUGAGCAUGGAGCGAUCCACGAGGGAGCUGUUUCUCAACUUUACCGUGGUCCUCAUAACUGUAAUCCUCAUGUGGCUGCUAGUGAGAUCAUAUCAAUACUAAGAAGUUGAAGAUGGCUUUCCUGAGAUUGACCAGCACAGAAGAACCCUCAAGCAUAGGAGCUCUCCUAUGCUGUAGGAUGCCUUGGCAUGCUCUUGUCUGAAAUUACUUGUACCUAGAUGUAGCUACGGUGGGAUGAAGAUUUUCCCUUUGUGGAAACAUUUCUCUGGCCUUUGCUAAUGUUGUAGGGCUCUAUGCUUCUGUGAUCUGUGGCAAUGUGAUUUCAUGUUUUCCCAAAAUCUCUGUCAGAAGUCUGAAAAAAGUUGUCAAAAGUUGUCUUCAAGUGGGUAUUGGAUGUGCUUUCUGACACUACAGAUGUUAAUAAAGCCACUUGUUUGAAAGGGAUCACUAUGAAACAGGAUUGUACCAUGUGCUGUGUCCAUCCUUCCACAGCUUCUAUGCCUCUAUGCCAGCCUCUCUUCAACUCUCAGAAAGAAAUGUGAUAUAACUAGUCCACUAUGGCUGUCAUUUAAAUAAAAAAAAUUUA